UGUGGUGUUUCACUCCAUGCCAGUCAUUGCGGCCGCCCAUACAGCAUUCUUCGUCUCUGGCAGACUCGUUGGAACAGUUCAGAACAGCGAGAUGCAUCACGGAUCGCAGCCGAUCCAUCGCAUCUGAAACGUCCCCCGAACCAUCGCGGAAAGUGUCAUGAAUUAGUCCGGCAGAUUUCAAAUACUACAUCACCAUGGAAAACAUUACGGAUUACCACUACAGCCCAUCAAACCUGAACAGAUCUUCAAUUUUCACAAUAGGACCAGAGUUCAUGGUAAAAUGGAAGAUCCAAAAGCAGCAGGAGCGCGUUUGUAACAACAUUUUCAACGGAAUCCUGACGUUCGCUGAAUGCAUCCAGAUCCAGAACGAGACCAACAUAGCCGACUUCAACUACACCUUCCUCGAUUACGACCUCCAAACAGCCAGCAAUUAUGAUUACGCGGACCGUGUCAAUGACAGCGACGACGAGAAAAUCGCCCCAGUUUUGCCCCCGUUCAAGCUGUGGCAGACAAUCGUUAUUGCUGUUUGUUUGGCGAUUUGCAUCAUAUUAACAGUUGCCGGAAAUAUAUUGGUGCUUUUGGCCUUCAUUGUGGACAGGAAUAUCAGACAACCCAGCAACUACUUUAUUGCGUCGUUGGCAGCCACUGAUAUGCUCAUAGGAACCAUAUCGAUGCCGUUCUACACAGUCUACGUAUUGAUGGGUUAUUGGAACUUGGGACCGCUUCUCUGCGAUCUCUGGUUGUCUGUAGACUAUACAGUGUGUCUGGUUUCUCAAUACACCGUUCUUCUGAUCACAAUUGAUCGAUUUUGCUCAGUUAAAAUAGCACCUAAGUACAGAAGCUGGCGGACUAAAGGCAAAGUAGUCUGCAUGGUUACUAUUACUUGGAUCAUACCAGCUCUAUUGUUCUUCAUAAGUAUAUUUGGAUGGGAACAUUUCAUAGGUUAUAGAGAUUUGUUACCCGGACAAUGUGCCGUACAGUUCCUCAAGGAACCUAUUUUUAAUACCGCUUUGAUUAUUGGUUACUACUGGACCACAUUAAUUGUCCUGUUUCUCUUAUAUGGAGGUAUUUACAAGACGGCAUACAACAUGCAAAAGAAAAGCGAGGCAAAGCAAAGAAAGAUGCAAUCAAUGGUGGCUCUAAGUGCCGGGGCAAUGUCUGGAAUGGCCGGAAGAGCUGCAGGUAUCGGGAUCUCCAAAACCCAAAGUACUUUUCUGAGUGAAGACAAGCAGAUUAAUAAAACCUCUCCCAGUAAUCCCACAAAUAACAUAUCCACUGUUGAACUUUCCGUUCAAGAAACCUCGCAGUCGGACACGAAAGAGUCACCCCAAAUGUCAAGUACGAAUAUGGUUGAUGACCUUCCCAACAUAUGCCAAUCCGCAACCCAAAUUGGUGGGGAGGCGGAAAAAUGGGAGAGGUCCAGUAGUCCUGCUUUUGAUUCAGACGAUGACAGUAAUAUUGGAGGGGCAUAUCAGACUCAGACCACUGCAGUCAAGAAGAGAACGUCUGUUAUUGGUAUGAUGAUGCAGAGUAGCGUGCCCAUGCAUUUAUUUGAACCUGCUAAACCCGUAGAAAAGCCUGAUGCAAAUAAAGACAAAAUCAAAGAAGCAAACAGUGAGAAACCUAAUAAGCUUCAAGUAUCGCCUAACGUACAUUUGGAUGUACGUACUCCUAGAAAUGUAAAAGACAAUACUAAAUUAGCCAUAAUGAAAAAGAACAAUAACGAAGAAAUAAUACAUAGAAACAUAAAGCAAAUAAAUAAUGCAAAUACUGCCAAAAAGGCUAGUUUGAUGGUAGACGUUCAUUUCACUCAAAAAACUUACGACGUUCUUAUUGGAGUGAACGAUGAAGAUAUAACAUUCAUGGACGAGAGCUCCAACAAUUCAUUUUCACCGAUGAUCAAAAAUCGAAAACUCCAAAUCAAAAUUGACCCAGCAGAGCCUACGAGGUCCGAAUCCAAUGAACCAGUUAAUAUUGAUAAAACCGUAUCCACCACCACAACAAAAAACAACGAAAACGAAAUAAAAGAAUCUCAACCCAAACCAGACGGACUGAUCACUAAAACUCAGAAAUUAGAUUCCUCAUCUGAGUCAAGUUCUCAUUGUGGGAACACAACAAGUCAAGCGGCCGGAAUUGUGGCGGCAACCACCAUCGUAACCCGAACCAAAGAUAUUUCCAAGAAGACUAAACCUGUUAAGCAUGUCUUCAUCAAGACUUUGGAGAAGAAAAUAAAAGGAAAGAAGCCUGUAAUGGGACCUUUGGGUGGAUUUGGUCGACAGAAGUCCAAGUCUGAGAACAGAGCGAGGAAAGCUUUGAGAACGAUUUCGUUUAUUCUGGGAGCAUUCGUUAUUUGUUGGACCCCUUAUCAUAUAUUCGCUCUUGUCGAGGGAUUUUGCUUCGAUCCUCCUUGCAUUAACGGCCAUCUGUACAUGUUUUCUUAUUUUCUUUGCUAUGCGAACAGCCCUUUGAACCCAUUUUGUUACGCAUUAGCCAACCAACAAUUUAAAAAGACAUUCACUCGAAUUUUAAAGGGUGAUUUUCAUAUAGCAUAAAUUUGUAAUGGCCGCACGUUGGCGUAAUUACGUAUAGUAAUAA